CCGUUGUUCAUAGAGUUGCGAAGCUAAGCUCCGAAAGUAAAAGUAUCAUUAGAUGUUACCAUAGUGUGUCUCGAUCAUGGUCUUGACCAUCUAUGAUCUUAUUUGUAUUGUAGUGUUUUGGACAAAACAUGAUUUUUCAGAAACUGUAACCAUAAUAUAAACCAAAUCCGGAGACAGAUCAUGUAAUUGGCAGCCUGGCAGGCCAAACCCAGGGCGAAAGGAUAUCUCUUCCUAUCCCUGGCGCGGUCACUCUGCUGUAGCAACCGUGAAGUGGAAUCACAAACAAGACAUAGGCCUGGACCGCUCUUUAAACACACAUGGCCUCUACGCCUGGACGAAGUCGCUGAAUGGGAAUGAAUAUUAACAACUGUGACAGUCUGAAGUUUGGCUCCUAAAUAUGGAUGUUGGUGACGGAACUAAUGAUGUGCAGGCAGAGCUGGACUCAGUGGAGGCAGAGCUGGAGUUGGUGGAACUGCAGAUUACAGAUCUCCUGCAGAAGCAGGCUGAGCUGACUACACGUAAAAAUGCACUGCUGGAGCGGCUGGAGGAAGCCUGUGAUGCCGCACAGCCAUCAUCUUCAUGUUCCUCAAAGUCAUCUGAAGCUGAUACAGUAAUGAGCAAGCAAGAGAUGCAGCUCUAUGAUGGCACAGAUUUUCCAUGGUCCAAAGAAGUGGAGCAGCACCUGAAGGACUCUUUUCAUCUCUCCACGUUCAGACCACUGCAACUGAGAGCCAUCAACCUGACUCUGUCAGGCAGAGAUCUGUUCCUGGUGAUGCCCACAGGAAGGGGUAAAAGCCUCUGCUACCAGCUGCCAGCAGUCUGCUCCAAGGGUUUUACAUUGGUUGUCACUCCCCUGCUGUCCCUGAUGGAGGACCAGAUCAUGUACCUGAAGUCCAUCGAUGUGUCAGCAGUCAUGCUGAAUGCGUCCAGUAGCAAGGCACACGCCAAGUCUGUCAUGGCUGGAAUGACAGAUCUGAAUGCCCCUUUCAAGCUGGUGUACGUGACUCCAGAGAAGAUUGCCAAGAGCAAGCUGCUCAUGUCUCGUUUGGAGAAAGCCUAUAAUGCAAACCUGCUGAGUCGUAUUGCUGUGGAUGAGGUGCACUGUUGCAGCCAGUGGGGACAUGACUUUAGACCAGAUUAUAAACUACUGGGCAUCCUGAAGAGGCAGUUCCCCAAAGUCCCUCUGCUCGGACUCACAGCCACAGCAACCAGCAGCGUCCUCAAGGACUGCGAGAAGAUCCUGUGUGUGCCACAGCCAAUCACACUCUCUGCAUCCUUCAACCGAACCAAUCUCUUUUAUGAGGUUCGUAUUAAAGACUCGAACUAUGGUGCAUCUAUAAGUGACAUUGCCUCUCUGAUCAAGAACAAAUACAAGGAUCAGUCAGGAAUCGUGUAUGUGUUCUCUCAGAAGGAUGCAGAGUCAGUGUCAUCUGAACUCCAGAAGAGCGACAUCCUUGCCUAUCCCUACCACGGUCACAUGGACCCUGAAGAUAAAUCCCGCGUUCACCGCAAAUGGACCUCCAACAAAAUCCAGGUGGUGGUAGCAACAGUGGCGUUUGGCAUGGGCAUUGACAAGCCUGACGUCAGGUUUGUCAUCCACCACACCAUCAGUAAGUCCAUCGAGAACUACUACCAAGAAAGUGGACGCGCAGGUCGAGAUGACAGUCAGGCAGACUGCAUCAUCUACUUUGGCUUCUCUGAUAUCUUCAGGAUCAGCACCAUGGUGGUGAUGGAGAAUGUUGGUCAGCAGAAGCUGCUGCAGAUAGUCGACUACUGCCAGAAUGUUGACAGGUGUCGGCGCUCUCUCAUGGCUGUUCAUUUUGAUGAAGUGUGGGACGAUGAUGGAUGCGACCGGAUGUGUGAUACUUGCCGUCAUUCAAAAGAUUAUACCACAGUGGACAUUACCCAGCAUGCCAAACAGUUGGUGCAAAUCGUGGAGCUGGCAGCAUCAAUGGAGGAGAAGCUGACUCCUCUGAAGUUGGUGGAGGCGUGGAUAGGGAAAGGCCCAGCCAAGCGCAGAAAGAUGAUCCAGACCACCACACUGUCUCGACUGCAGGCAGAAGCUGUUAUUGUGCGGCUGCUGCUGCAGGGAUACCUCAGAGAGGAAUUUAGCUUCACGCCGUACACCACCUACGUCUACGUGAAGCUGGGCCGCAAAGCUCCUCUUCUGAAAAACAAGAUGUGCACACUCCGAAUGAACAUGAGGACAACGGGGACUGGAUCUGCUGUGGACAGUUCAGCCAAUGAGGAGGAUAUUGAUAUGAACUUCGACCCCAUUGUAAUGGACAACAGCUUUCCCACAAAACCCAAACUGAAACUAUUAAAAGAACAGGGGAACCUGUCCAGGAAAAAAGACCUGAAGCCAAUCAGCCAGAUUGACAAGUGGACACAAAGAGCAAACAAACAGCUGACAGAAGGACCUGGAGAGGAGAGUAAAAUGAAGUCCAUCAUGCCUCAACAUAAACUUGAGGUUGAUGUUGAAAUAAACAUUAUAGAUAACGGUGAUGAUCAGAAAACACCAUCACACUCAGUUAAACCUUGUUCCAAACGCAAAUCCACCACCCCUCAGAGACUGAGGAGGAAACCCUGCGCUAACAUAGCAGCAGCAGAUGUUCCCUCUCAAUCCCCAGUUGGUGACACAGCCACUAACACUGUGCCCAGCUCUCCAUCCCAUGUCUCCUUCAUCUCUGGGACUGCAGCUGAAGAGCUUUGUGACCUGAGGAAUUACUACAGCAAACAGCUUAGGAAAAUAAACGACAUUUCACAUGACUACCUUGGGCAACCCUCAGAGCCAGGAGUACUGGCGUGUAUCAGAGAACCUCUGAGGAGCCUCCGUCUGCCCUGCAGGGGGACCAUCGCAGAAACGGCCCGCAACCUGUGGACACGAGUCCGUGGCAGGAGGAAACUGGUUCACCAGUGACAUCACAGUUUGAAGUUCAGUCAGCUGCAGUUAAAUGUAAUAUACAUGUGUAUUAUCAAGAAACAUUACUGUAUUCACAAAGCUUUUAUUUGCUGUCAGUUAAAAAGCCAAUGUGAAUGAUAUCAAAAUGGCACUUUGGAGCCACCUGGGUGUAGAAUCUAAAAUGUUACCAAAGGUGCAUGGUACAUUAAGAUGAAUAGACUGAAAGCAACAAAAAAAAGGAUCGUUUUAUUUUUCUGCAAACAAAAACAUAUGCUAUAAAAUAAUUUGAAAGAUCAGCGGACGACACUUUUAAGUGCCCUUCAUAGGCUUAUAGACAUUCUCCAUAUUUCAUACCUCAGCUGCUGUGUUGCCAAUUGAUGAAUAUCUUCAUGAAGAAAAUAUGAAGGUCUGGACCUUGAAUUAAAGCCGUACUUCUCUUUGUAUCAUCUUUGUUAUAGGAAAAUCUAACUAUUAAUUAACUGAAUGCCAAAAAGUGAAAUGAUUUUGCUUGCGGAUUGAGAUCAAUUUGGGGCAUCUAAAGGAAUUUGUAUGAAUUCACAUACAUGCAGUCAUGUCCAGUGUAAUCAUUGAGAAAUCAACACAUUUCUGAAAGUAAAUGUUUUUUUCCCUUUUGCUACCACAUACAGAUCUGUAAAUUCCAUCUUGAGGAAAAUCACAACCCAAAAGGAAUAAAUGUAACUUAUUUAUU